AUGCCCACCUUCCUAACGCCAGGCAGGCACGGGUACAGUGUGCGAUUUUCUCGCACACGACCUGACUCACUAGCAGUGGCUACAAGCCAAUAUUAUGGACUUGCUGGUGGUGGUACACUGUUCUUCUUGGAACUGGCACCAGAUGGUAGCACACUGUUGGAGCUACAGAAACUUGAAUGGAGUGAUGGACUUUUUGAUGUGACGUGGUCGGGCACUGGUGACGGAGUGGCAGCGUGCGGCGCCGGCGACGGCGCUGUGGUGGUAUGGCGCGGCGGCUGCGCGGCGCCUUUGCGCGUUUUACGCGCGCAUCGCAGUGAAGUUUGUUCAGUUGAUUGGCCUCGUGCGCAUCUGCUGAGUGCUAGCUGGGAUACCACUGUUAAAUUGUGGGACCCUGAAUCGGAGGCGUGUCUCAGCACGUUCUCGGGUCACUCGCAGCUUGUAUACACAGCGGCUUUCUCUCCACACUCGCCGGCCACAUUCGCCUCGGUGUCGGGAGAUGGACAUCUCAAACUCUGGACGUGUACGGAGCCGGCGAGACCGGCCGCCGCCGUAAAAGCGCAUGAUGCUGAGGUGUUGUCUUGUGAUUGGGGUAGAACGGAGAGUCAUGCCUUGGCCACGGCGGGAUCUGACGGCUUGAUAAGAGGCUGGGACCUUAGAAGACUGACCACGCCGAUGUUUACACUAAAAGGUUGCGAGUGUGCAGUAAGAAGGGUUCAAUUCUCUCCUCACGCGCCUUCAGUUAUAGCAGGCGUAUCAUAUGAUUUUACUACGAGAAUUUGGGACUUAAAGCGCGGCUGUGAACCAUUGGAGACGAUUCGGCAUCAUUCCGAGUUUACGUACGGGCUGGACUGGAACGCGUUGAGGCCACAUCAGAUUGCCGACUGCGGGUGGGAUUCGCUUGUGCACGUGUUCAUUCCUCGGUCGCUAGCCUGA